CCACCUAUCAUCAUGAGUGGCAGAAAUCUCGCACUCCCUGACGAACUCCUUGUUGCGACCUUCCUUGACCUCAAUAUCGCUUCUAUCACUGCAUGUCGACAAACGUGCAAACGCUUUCAACAGAUUAUAGAGGACAGUGUUCACGUUCAGUACCAUGUUGAGCUACAGCUUGCGUGCAUGAAAAACGGGCCGAACUCAGAUAUGAGUACCGCCUCCCGCCAUUCCAUGCUCCGAGCGCGGCGUAGAGCCUGGGAAGCGCUCUCCUGGUCAACCCCCGAGCCAGUCCUGCUGCCUACACCUCCGGGCGUCACAAAGUGGAAACUGGUCGGCGGCAUCCUCUGCGUCGCCGGAUCUGGCUUCAUACAGUGCAUCUGCCUGCCUUCGCUUAUCAGGGGAAUUGAGCAGCGGGAAUGGAGGAUCGACCAUACGUGCGGAGAGGGUGGCCUGAACUGGGACUUUUGUCAUGAUCCUUCUCAGGACCUUCUCGUCCUAUUUGGAGAGUUCAAGCUAAGCGACGAGGAAGAGUCACACUCGGCGUUUAGGGUCCACUUGCUCACACUAUCUACGGGCGCACCUCAUCCUGCAGCCACUAGUUCGGUGCUGCUCUACGCACCCGAAUUCAGGUACUGGGAUCUUAGCGUGAGGCUCACCCUACAAGUGUGCGGCCAGCAUUUUGGUAUGGUUAUGGAAGAUCACGACUGUAAGGAACGACCAAAGUUCGCCGUCUGGAACUGCGUUUCCGGGCUGAAGGAAAUGGAAAUCGACGAUUGUUCCCUUUCCAUCCUCAAUUCAUUUUUACUCCUCCCAGAUGACCUCCUCCUUCUCGGCGUUGAGAGCUACAGUCAAGAAGGGCCGGAUGAAGUGAUUGAAACAUAUAUAGGCGUUUACGACCUUGAGCGGACCGCUCAGUCUGUACCGUACACGCUGGACAACGAAGACGACCAGUCGUGCAUAUUCAAGCUGCGCUUUCCCCCAAAGUUCGCAGGUGGCGGCGUGUUUAUCACAUCCACACCGCUUUCUGCCGACAAGCACGUCACGGGUAAUGGCAGCGUGGAGUGCGCAUCGCCAUUUGUGUUUGCUUCUGAAGCACAGUUGAUUGUUGUCUACCUGAACAUCCACUGGUCGGGGGUCGCAACGAGGGUAUUCUUCCCUGCAGCUAUCAUCGCGAAGCACGUCUGUUCUGUACGCGGUUCCGGAGCGCUAGGCGUUGACAUCCCAUGGAGCGAGUGGGGACGAAGCUCUCGGGUGACCAUGGAUACAUUCCGCACGAAGGGUGGAUACGGCCGUAAUGAGUGGUACCGCGACUCGACACUCGGACUACGCUUUGCUGCCGUCCUCGACCACAUUCUCUCUCAGGAGGAAUGGAUGCGCCUUGAACUGUAUGGGCUCGUGGCUGUCAAGGAUUUCAACCCCAUGGCACACGCCGCGCGAUCUAACUUGGGCGAGGCUUGGACUCGCCCUCAGCCGGAGACUAAGCACUGGGAAGCUAGGUUCCGAGUCGCGUGGAGAAAGGUAGAUGGUUCUAGUCGGUGGUGGGAUUCAUGUCUACUUGACGAGGACGCAAUCGUUCUUGUAUCCGAAGAUCGCUCCGGAGGACCACUGUUCGCGGUCAUGUCACUCAAAGAGCCGCGCGAGGAGCCAACAGGCGGUGUGUGAUGAUCUUCGGAAGGGUUUUAUGAGUUACAAACAUGUAUGUUCUUGCG